AUGGCGAGUGCCCAAGAUGGCUCAAUGGAGGAGAUCCUGUGGCGGUCGCCCGCGCACGUCCAAAUGAUGGGAGGUUUUCUCCAUUCUAACAAUAUCUUAUUUUACUUCGCCGAAUCUCCAUUUUUCGAUGCUACGUCUAACAAUGCCUCUCUUGCCAUCCAAGCCAACUACAAUGAAACACUUCGCCAUUUUGUUGAGACUCGGGAGGCCUUCGAAGGCCGCUUGAAGACCAUGCAAGGGUUAGAGUUCGUGGUCGCUUAUGAUCCUUUGCAGGCUGCUGCACAAACCGAGACCAGUUUCGCACAUGAACCAUCUAAUAUCUGGGUGAUCCGGAAACAGACGAGACGGAAGCGAGCCGGGCUAGAUGAUGAAGUGGUAGUUCUAUCUACUUACUUCGUAGUGGGAGAUUGCAUCUACAUGGCACCGUCUGUUGCAAGUGUUGUGGGGAAUAGGCUUCUUUCUGCGGUUACAUCACUCACGAGUCUCUUAAAGACUGCGUCGUCACUGCCUAGUUUUACGCCGUCACAUGGGCACACGUACAUGCCGCCCGCACCCAAACCGACGGAUAGCAGUCAGCCCGGGACUCAAUCUCAGCAAAGCAAGGAGAACACUCCAAUGCCCGACGCGGACUCCACGAAAGCUCUCUUGGUUGGGCCACAAACUGCCAAUGCUGGAGCAGUUUUUCAGGACACGAGGACUUUCGCGGAAUCGUUCAGUCUUCUUGCACGAUAUGGCGAAGAGUUUAUGGAUGAAAAUCCACUGGUCGGAGAACCGGGAUCAUUUAUCCUAUCCAAAUCUGGCGAUAUAGAUCGAGGGGCUGUUUCCAAACAACUACCGAAUGUUAGCCGUCCAGGGAGCAUCCUUGGAACGCCUCAAGUCAAGGUCGACACGCCUGGGAAAACACCCGAGAAAGGAGCCACUCCGUCGGCCUCCGAUGACAACAAAGUGCGAAAGAAGAAGGCCAAGAUUGGGAGUUGA